AUGGAGGAUAUGGAGGUUGACAGUCCGGUUAAGUCGAAGCAUAUUGAAGACAAUUCAAUAUCCAAUGGGAGUUCGGAAGAGCUAGCUUGGGAUCAGGGCCCUCUGAUGCUUGGAAAAGGUUCGACAAGGAUGUGGUUACUCAGGCAGUGGUUCCGAGAUAACCGUUACGCCUACCCGGGCCCACACGAACCCCAGAAGAAGGACGAUGGAUCCGGUGACGAAGAAAGGGAGAGUCUAUCAAAAGGUGACUUACGAGCGACCGAGUAUUGGAGGGAGGAAUUUGGUUAUGUUGAGGAAGAUAUUCCGUCCAUAUCCAUUGAGUAG